CUUCUGGUGAUUUCAGUGUUUCAACGUUGAAACUCCCCAGCCUUCAUAAAGCGUCUUAAAAGUUCUCUAAAGCCAGUGAAAAAUAGAAGAUCAAGCAAAUAUGGUUGUUGCGGUGAAAGUGUUUAAGAAAACCGCCCCAAAUGGGAAGAUGACGGUGUACCUCGGGAAGCGCGACUUCAUCGAUCACCUGGACUAUUGCGAUCCCAUCGACGGUGUCGUAGUGGUGGAGAGUGACUACUUGCGCGGUCGGAAGAUUUACGGCCAGCUCACCACGACCUAUCGCUACGGCCGCGAGGAGGAUGAGGUGAUGGGAGUGAAGUUCUCCAAGGAGAUGGUGAUUGCCAAGGAGCAGAUUGUGCCAAUGGUGAAUCAGAAGAUGGAGAUGACGCCCACGCAGGAGCGUCUUGUGAAGAAGCUGGGCUCGAACGCCUUCCCCUUCACCUUCCAAUUCCCCAACAACUCUCCCUGCUCAGUCACUCUCCAGGCUGGCGAGGAGGAUCAAGGCAAGCCUCUGGGUGUCGAGUAUGCCAUCCGCUGCUAUGUGGGCGACAAUGAGGAUGACAAGCACCACAAGAGGAGCCAAGUGGGACUCGUGGUGAAGAAGCUGCAAUUCGCUCCGCCAACUCGUGGCCGUCGCUUGCCCAGCUCGCUCGUUAGCAAGGGAUUUACGUUCUCCCAGGGCAAGAUAAAUCUGGAAGUGACGCUGGACCGCGAGACUUACUAUCAUGGCGAGAAGAUUGCCGCCAACGUGCUGAUCACCAACAACUCCCGCAAGGCGGUGAAGAACAUCAAGGUGUUCGUGGUGCAGCAUUGCGAAGUGACAAUGGUGAAUGCUCAGUUCAGCAAGCAUGUCGCCUCGCUGGAGACCCGCGAGGGAUGCCCCAUCACGCCCGGAGCCAGCUUCACCAAGACCUUCUACCUCGUUCCUCUGGCGUCCAGCAACAAGGAUCGCCGUGGAAUCGCUCUUGAUGGCCAUCUCAAGGAUGACGACGUGAACUUGGCUUCAUCCACGCUGAUUUGCGAGGGCAAGAGUCCCUCAGACGCCAUGGGCAUCGUCAUCUCUUACUCUCUGCGCGUCAAAGUCAGUGCUGGAAGCCUCGGAGGCGAGCUUGUCACCGAUGUGCCUUUCAAACUUCUUAACCCGGCCCCAGGGACCAUUGAGAAGGAGCGCGUGAAUGCCAUGAAGAAAAUGAAGUCCAUCGAGCGUCAUCGCUAUGAAAACUCUCACUAUGCCGAUGAUGAUGACAAUAUUGUCUUCGAAGACUUUGCCCGACUCCGUAUGAAUGAACCAGAGUAAAUCAAGAAAUUGCAAUUGAAAUAAAAAGAAAGACAUGAAAUCUCCAGAAGAACGAACGAACUUCAUUUGCUUGAAAAAGCGAAUGGAGUAUUUAAGCUUAAAAAAGAAAUGCUGCAUAACCCCAUCCAAUCCCUGCCCAAUUGAUUUUGAUUUUACAGAAAGAAGCUUCCAAUCCAAAUUGUGUGCUCAAUAAAGUGUCCUUUUUGGGUUGAA